AUGAGCGAUUGCCAACCAGAAAGCUGGGAAGGGGGAGUUCCUGUGUUCCGGCCGCAAUAUGAGGAGUUCCGAGACUUCUACGCGUACAUGACGGGCGUAAACAAGUUUGGCAAGCGUUCUGGGAUUGUGAAAGUGGUACCUCCAAAAGAAUGGCUAGAUCAGCUGGAAUAUCCGUUAAAGGCGCAAACGUUGCAGCGUAUCAAGAUAAAAUCGCCAAUUCAGCAACACAUCAAUGGGGCCAAAGGUGUAUUUGUGGUUCAGAACGUGGAAAAGGCCAAGGUUUACAACAUUAUUCAGUGGAAAGAUUUGUCGUACGAUUACCGACAGCCCGAGGGGUUGGCAGCUGCUGCAGGUGAGAAUAUAAAUUCGAACGUAGCGGCCGGAGCAAAUGCCAGCAGGCGUUCUAGUGGUCAAGAAUCACGCAAAUCGCCGUCACCAUCGAAGUCGUCGAAGAUAAAGCUCAGGAAUCAUGAAAGCUUUACUAACCAAGAUUUUGAAGAGUUCCAGCGACAUUAUAACUAUGACAAUCUUGAAGAGUUUAAGGAUCCCCGAAGAGUUGAGUUUUUGGAGGCUUACUACUGGAAAACUCUCACCUUCACCCCACCCAUGUAUGGUGCCGAUACUUUAGGAACUCUAUUCAAUGACUCCAUUACUACCUGGAACGUAUCUAAACUACCCAACCUACUGGAUCACAUGGAUACUCGUUUACCUGGUGUCAAUGAUUCCUACUUGUACGCAGGGCUUUGGAAAGCUUCAUUCGCAUGGCAUUUAGAGGACCAGGAUCUAUACUCCAUCAAUUAUUUGCAUUUCGGUGCACCUAAGCAGUGGUAUGCGGUACCGCAAGAGGAUGCUUCUAAGUUUUACAAGUUUAUGCAAGAGCAGUUUCCUGAGCACGCUGCCAAAUGUGACGAAUUUUUAAGGCACAAAACCUUCAUGAUAUCCCCAAAGAUUUUGGAAAAGAAUGGUAUCAGGUGUAAUAAAAUUGUACACUAUCAACAAGAGUUUAUCAUAACGUAUCCAUAUGGCUAUCAUGCAGGGUUUAACUAUGGGUAUAAUUUGGCAGAAUCCGUAAAUUUUGCGCUUGAAGAUUGGUUGGAAAUAGGAAGCCGCGCCAAAAAGUGUAUGUGUGUGGAUGAUGCUGUUGGAAUAAAUGUGGAAAAGCUGAAAAAAAAUUGGUAUGCUUCAAACCAUAAAAGAGGCAAUAUUCACGUAGCAGAAGAGACAUUUGCGACUGAUGAUUCCGCUAAAAAAUUGAAAGUCAAACCUACUGAUCAGGAGUCAAAACAGGAAGAUUCCAAGUCCAAUGGUUCUUUAAAAGUGAAAUCCGAAGUAGAUGUGCUUUCUCCUACCCCAGGGAGAUCUUCCCUUCCUAAGCCUCAUGAUCGUGAGAGCGUUAGAUUGAAGGGUUUCAACGAAUUACUGCAUCAUAGCUCCUACGAGUUACAGGCAAUGGAAGACAGCUCUCAGCAGAGUGCUAUAAGAUCUACGACACCAAAUCCGGGCCAGUAUUAUAGCGGUUUGAGUCAAUCCAUCAGUCGCAUAUCCUCUCCCCUUCUUUCGCGCAUGAUGGACCUAUCUAAUAUCGUCGAACCAACUUUAGAGGACCCCACUUCAAAACUAAAGAAGAAACUUACUAUACAAACGCAACACCAUAGUUCACAAGCCGCACAAACACUGGAUGACCAUGAUGAUAAUAUGCUUGCAUUGAGUCUAGCAUCAAUGGCUAGCGGUGCUUCUUCCCCAAGAUACCCGCUACCUCCUAUUCAACCAAGACCAUAUUCGCCAAAUGCAGGUGAAGCAGUUUUAGCACCUGGCCCUUUCUAUGAACAAAAUCCUUUCUCUUAUUACUCCACAUUCAAAAGUACAGUCGGCUCACCUCAGCCAACUUCGCCUGGACCAUCGAAUCUGCCAUUUAUCAAACGCCUUAAGAGUCCGAAUAGAGUUACGUUGAAUAUUUCCAGAGAAUCAUCGCGAAGUCCGGUAUCUCUCAACUCCGAGUUCAAAUCUCCUCUCGCUAAUAACAUUGUAACAAACGGCGCUUCUAACAUAAAUUCCAAUCUUAGCCAAGCAACCACAAUGGAGUAUUCUCCACCGACCUCCCCUUCAGUUACAAAAAAUGGGAAUACUGAUUCUUCUAGAAGGCCUGCCAACCAGUCCAAGAUAAGUUCGAAUGAAAUCAUCAUUUCCGAAAGAGGUAAAGUGUAUGUGUGCCAAGAAUGUAAUAGACAAUUCUCUUCAGGACAUCAUUUGACGAGACACAAGAAAUCUGUUCACUCUGGCGAAAAACCUCAUUCAUGUCCCAAGUGUGGUAAAAAAUUUAAGAGACGAGACCAUGUUUUGCAACACUUGAAUAAAAAAAUACCAUGCAUUGGUGAAGCUAGCGGAAACGGUUCAGGGAAACCUAAGAGAACUGAUGAUAUUUCUAUUGAUAAUAGCAGUAAUAGUUAUAUGGGUAGCUAUAAUGGCACUGCUUUGGGUAAUGCAUAA